GGCGAGUGACAGCGGCCGGCUGCAGAAAGCCCAGGAGCAGCUGCGCGCCUAUCCAACGCGCGCUCAGGAGCCAGGCGUCCCAGCCCGGGUUCCGGUGAAGUUCCACUGGUCCCCGGACCCGCCCCCGUCGCCCCAGCCCUAAGGACCCUCGGGGCUCUUCGACGGCUGCGGGAAGGCGCCCAGCCCGCCUCGGAUGGGCAUCGUGGAGCCGGGCUGCGGAGACAUGCUGACCGGCACCGAGCCGAUGCCGAGUGAUGAGGGCCGGGGACCCGGAGCCGACCAGCAGCAUCGCUUCUUCUAUCCCGAGCCGGGCGCACAGGACCUGACCGAUCGCCGCGCAGGUAGCAGCCUGGGGACGCCCUACUCUGGGGGCGCCCUGGUGCCUGCCGCUCCGAGUCGCUUCCUCGGAGCCUACGCCUACCCGCCCCGGGCCCAGGCGGCUGGCUUUCCGGGGCCUGGCGAGUCCUUCCCGCCGCCCGCGGGUGCGGAGGGCUACCCGCCCGUGGAUGGCUACCCUGCCCCGGACCCGCGCGCCGGGCUCUACCCAGGGCCGCACGAGGACUACGCAUUGCCCGCGGGGUUGGAGGUGUCGGGGAAGCUGAGAGUCGCGCUCAGCAACCACCUGUUGUGGUCCAAGUUCAACCAGCACCAGACAGAGAUGAUCAUCACUAAGCAAGGCCGGCGAAUGUUCCCAUUCCUGUCCUUCACUGUGGCUGGGCUGGAGCCCACAAGCCAUUACAGGAUGUUUGUGGAUGUGGUCUUGGUGGACCAGCAUCACUGGCGGUACCAGAGUGGCAAGUGGGUUCAGUGUGGAAAGGCGGAAGGCAGCAUGCCAGGGAACCGCUUAUAUGUCCACCCAGACUCCCCCAACACUGGAGCCCACUGGAUGCGCCAGGAAGUUUCAUUUGGGAAGUUAAAGCUCACCAACAACAAGGGGGCUUCCAACAAUGUGACCCAGAUGAUCGUCCUGCAGUCCCUCCAUAAGUACCAGCCCCGGCUACACAUCGUGGAGGUGAAUGACGGCGAGCCAGAGGCCACCUGCAGCGCCUCUAACACGCACAUCUUUACUUUCCAAGAAACUCAGUUCAUCGCAGUGACUGCCUACCAGAACGCAGAGAUCACUCAGCUGAAAAUCGACAACAACCCCUUUGCCAAAGGAUUCCGAGAGAACUUAGAGUCCAUGUAUGCAUCAGUUGAUACAAGUGUUCCCUCACCACCUGGACCCAACUGUCAACUGCUUGGGGGAGACCCCUACUCACCUCUUCUAUCCAACCAGUAUCCUGUUCCCAGCCGUUUCUACCCCGACCUUCCAGGCCAACCCAAAGAUAUGGUCUCACAGCCUUACUGGCUGGGGACACCUCGGGAACACAGUUAUGAAGCGGAGCUCCGAGCAGUGAGCAUGAAGCCCACAUUCCUACCCUCUGCCCCUGGGCCCACCAUGCCCUACUACCGGGGCCAAGAUGUCCUGGCACCUGGAGCUGGUUGGUCUGUGGCCCCUCAGUACCCACCUAAGAUGAGCCCAGCUGGCUGGUUCCGUCCCAUGCGAACUCUGCCCAUGGACCCCGGUCUGGGAUCCUCAGAGGAACAGGGCUCCCCCUCGCUGUGGACUGAGGUCACCUUCCUCCAGCCGGAGUCCAGCGACUCAGGACUAGGCGAAGGAGACACUAAGAGGAGGAGAGUAUCCCCCUAUCCUUCCAGGGGUGACAGCUCCUCUCCCGCUGGGGCCCCUUCGCCUUUUGAUAAGGAAACCGAAGGCCAGUUUUAUAACUAUUUUCCCAACUGAGAAAAUGCCGCUGAAUUGGAAGGCGCCGACUAACUUAGAAAACAGACACGGGGCGGAGCGCCCGAGCUCUCACCACCCCUUCCCUGUAUAGUGAUUGGUUGGAGAGGAAGAGGGGCAAGGAGGAUUCUGGGGUUCACUUGUUGUUUCCUGGCCCACAAGGAAAUAUGACAGGAGUGUCCCCUGCCCCUUCCUCUGCCCGAACUAUAGUCGCGAACCUGGUGCUGCUUCUGACCGAUGGUUCUGUGGAGAAUGGAGAAUGGACUCCAGAAAGUUUGGGACCCAGAGGAACUUCAUGGCUUCCCACGAGGUGGAGCAGUCAGGGGGGGAGUCCAGAACUGGAGAGCAACUCUCUUCCCCUGCCCAGUAACUUUCAUCUGCUGGCCUAACACCUGUGUUAAUCUCUGGCCUGAAAGGAAAGAUACAUGCAUUUUUACAACAGCCAGCCAAACAGAAGGGGAGAAAACUCAGGUGACUACGGGUGGGCGAGGCCACCUGUGAGGAGACAAGAGAGUGGGUACAGAGGAAGGGUUCCAGGGGUGGGCAUCUCACCAGGCGAGGUCACUUUGAAUCAGUGUGUACACACACGCUUGUUUCUUUUCUUUUCUUUUUUUUUUUUUUUAUUUCUUCGGGAGGGGGAGGCUAUUUAUUGUAGAGAGAGUGGUGUCUGGAUGUAUUUCUUCUGUUUUGCAUCACUUUCUGAGAAUAAACAUGGAACUGGUAAA